AAUCAGCAAGAAAACAUCAAACAACCCCAUUAGAAAGUGGGCAAAGACAUGAUCAGUGGGUUUUUUUAAGUCACAAAUGAAAUUCUUAGAUUUCAGAAGAAUAGUAAGGGACUGACCCCUGCCUGAUCUUAAAAGGGACAGGCCCAGUCUACCUGUUUGCACUACAGUGCUCAUGCCAUGCCAAGGUGGCAGUAAGUAUGGAUGGUCUCAUAAAAGUGGCAUUUCUCCUGGAACGUUGGGUCUCUGCCCAAAGUUAAACACAUACAGGGGCUUUUAAACCACACUAGGGCCAUUGCUAUUAAAAAGAAAAACCAGGAGCUAGUGAAAAUGUCAAUGACGGGGCUGAAAGGAGAGUUAGCUGAUGGGCCCCAUGAGUAUGUGAGGACCAGACACUGUUCUGGUUUUCUUUGUGAUCAGUGGGUUCCCUUCUGCCAGAGCUAGAUGGAAAAUGAUGGCUAGAUACUAACAGGGAACAGCUUUCUUGACUUGGAUUGUCCAAAUUUCUGAUCUUACACUGAAGUCUCAAUACACGCUCUCAUACAGUGUAGACCUUGGCAUCAUCAGCUUGAGGCACUCACUAGUUUUUUAAAUAAACAAACUCUCUCAGCCCUCCACGGCGGCUUCAUAUCACAGCCUAAACCUCAAAGAGGCAUCCAGCCCAUUGGUGGACUCUUCAGAACAAAAACAAAGCAAUAUGCUUAUUCAGGUAUGAAUGACACAAAAACCUGUACACAGUUGAUGUACACAACUUGAUGAGUUUGCAGGAGAAAUGGGCCCCAUGAGGCCAGUGUGACUUACGAGUCCAGCCCGCCAGCCUGAGCCCAGCCCGGGAGGAGGACCAUGGAUGGCAUCAUUGAACAGAAGAGCGUGCUGGUGCACAGUAAAAUCAGCGAUGCUGGCAAGAGGAACGGCUUAAUUAACACCAGGAGCUUCAUGGCUGAGAGCAGGGAUGGUCUGGUGUCCGUUUACCCAGCCCCCCAGUACCAGAGCCACCGGGUGGUGGCCAGCGCAGUGCCAGCUGUCCUGGACAGCAGCAGGAGUGAGCCGGUGCAGCAGCUUCUGGACCCCAACACCCUGCAGCAGUCGGUGCAGCCCCACUCCCGGCCCAACAUCUUCCUGUACUCGGAGGGCCUGCUGCGCUCCUGGGGCGAGGGCGUGGCCGCCGACUGCUGCGAGACCACCUUCAUCGAAGACCGGUCCCCCACCAAAGACAGCCUGGAGUACCCCGACGGGAAGUUCAUCGACCUCUCGGCUGACGACAUCAAAAUCCACACCCUGUCCUAUGACGUGGAAGAGGAGGAGGAGUUCCAGGAGUUGGAGAGCGACUACUCCAGCGACACUGAGAGUGAGGACAACUUCCUCAUGAUGCCGCCACGGGACCACCUGGGCCUCAGCGUCUUCUCCAUGCUUUGCUGCUUCUGGCCCUUGGGCAUCGCGGCCUUCUACCUGUCCCACGAGACCAACAAGGCGGUGGCCAAGGGGGACUUGCACCAGGCCAGCACCAGCUCCCGGCGGGCCCUGUUCCUGGCAGUGCUGUCCAUCACUAUCGGGACCGGCGUCUACGUGGGCGUGGCCGUGGCCCUCAUCGCCUACCUCUCCAAGAACAACCACCUGUGAGCUCCCCGCGGGCACAGAGCAGAAGCACCGGGCCGGGAGUGGGCGCAGGGGCCGCGGCGCUGGCCCGGGCAGCCCCCGCAUGAUGCUGUACAGAACGGAUGAUUGCCAAGCGACGCCAGGAAGCCCUGGGAUUUUCUACCAUGGAUCUCUUUUGUUUUUACCCUCUAAUUUCAUUUUCACAGCACUGUGUAGAGCACCAGACACACGGGCACUGCAAAUCCUUCCAAAGGCAAGCUCCAAAGAUCCUGACCCGCGAGGCUGUCUCUGGAUGGAUCCUGGUGGAUUAACAGCAGCGCGGCUCUCUGCAGUGCCCGAAUGCCACCGCAUUAGCAAUAUACAAACACUAAAAAAUGCGUUUAUUUUUUAUGGAAUACAGUGCAAUAGGCAGAGGGCAAGGGACAUGUCACUCUUCUGUCUGUGGCCCUGCUUGACUCCUUGUGUCCUUCUGGUCCACGCUCCUUCCCUGCAGGAAGAGAAGGGGGCCCUGCUCUGCAGACUGGCCUGGCCUGAGAAUGCAGGGCCGGGGACCCUGGCACGGGACCCGCCCGCUCCACCCCUUCAUGCUGCCCAGCCCAGGAGCGCCGGGCCUCCUCCAGAACGUGUCCACACUCAGCAGCUACCCGCAGCAAUACGCAAUCCUGGGACCUCGCCAGUCUAGGAUGGGGAGACGGGCCACAGCCCCCAGCGAGACUCCCCAAGAAUGAGCCCCACGGUUGCUCCCGAAACCCCAGGCAGCGGAGCCGUGGGCGCCCCUCAGCAUGGACACACCAGGGGUGCUUCUCCAGUGACCGCCCUGGCGGACACUCACCUGGUGAUGAGCAAUGACACUAGUGACCUGGACUCGAGAUGGGCCUUACUCUGUCGACUCAACGAAUAGCUAUUUUCUUGUCAUUUUUUUAAGUGCAACUCUUGCUUCCUGCUGCUUAAGUUAUCAGACGAAUGCCGAGGAAUAAGUAAUCACAGACAUUUUAAUACCAUUUCAUUGCUGUUUUAUGAGUGUUCAUUACUUAACAAAAAUUAUCUUUUAGCUUUUUUGCUUAAGACUUUUCUUUCUGAU